AAUAAUUAAAUAUUACAAGAAUUAACAAGUGUAUAAUUUUGCAGUUGGGCUUUGUAGUGGUAGAGUUUAAUUGGAGUAGAUACUUACGUUAAUUAUAAAUAUGAAUAGAAACGGGUGAUGGAAAUGGAUUUUAGUUUGGUGUGGUUCCAAAUCACUCACGUCUAAACUAAAACCCCUCUCCAGUCCAAAAACACAAAAGCUUCAUCCUUUAAGCUCUCUCACUCACCAAACGCUGAGUGAGAAAAAGGGUAGUAGCUCCACAAAGUCUUCUUCAAUGGAGCUCCACAGAGCCACUGCUUUGUCAUGGGCUCACACCAUCUCUACCAGUCUUCACGUUCCUCAACCCCUUCUGAGGUUUGAGACCACGAGACUGAGGGUUUGUUGCACCUCUGAUCAAACCAAGGAAAAUAAGAUGACUGUAUCCAUUACAGGAGCUACAGGGUUUAUAGGUAAAAGAUUGGUCCAAAGGCUUCAAGCAGAUAAUCAUGCUGUUCGUGUCUUGACACGAUCUAGAUCUAAAGCUGAGUCGAUUUUUCCGGCUAGGGACUUUCCAGGUAUCAGGAUUGCAGAGGAGAUAGAGUGGAAAGACUGCAUUCAAGGUUCAGAUGGUGUUGUAAACUUGGCUGGAUUGCCUAUAAGUACAAGAUGGUCUUCUGAAAUAAAGAAGGAGAUCAAGACAAGUAGGAUUGGUGUUACAUCAAAAAUCGUAGAAUUGAUAAAUGGUUCGCCAGACGGAGUUCGACCUACGGUUUUGGUUAGUGCUACAGCUGUUGGUUACUAUGGUACUAGUGAGAGACAAGUAUCUGAUGAAACGAGCCCAUCAGGAAAUGAUUACUUGGCUGAGGUUUGUAGAGAAUGGGAAGGAACUGCUCUUAAAGUAAAUAAGGAUGUUAGGUUAGCUCUGAUUCGAAUUGGUGUUGUUCUUGGGAAAGAUGGUGGUGCUUUAGCUAAAAUGAUACCUCUAUUCAAGAUGUUUGCUGGUGGACCUUUGGGCUCUGGAAACCAAUGGUUUUCAUGGAUUCAUCUGGAUGACAUAGUAAACCUAAUAUAUGAAGCUCUAACCAAUCCAUCUUAUCAAGGAGUGAUAAACGGAACAGCUCCAAAUCCUGUUCGCCUGUCGGAAAUGUGUGAUCAUCUGGGGAAUGUGAUGGGCAGACCUUCAUGGCUGCCAGUUCCCGACUUUGCGCUCAAAGCAGUCCUUGGAGAAGGUGCUGCUGUGGUUCUUGAAGGACAAAGGGUGGUUCCAGCUAAAGCCAGGGAGUUGGGAUUCUCCUUCAAGUAUUCAUACAUAAAAGAUGCACUCAAAGCCAUUCUUUCAUAGAAUGAAAAGGAAAAUGUACAAAUAUUUUACUAAGGCAAAAUUCAUGUUCUUGAUUCUUUUUGUUAUGAGGGUUAUCUUGAUAUUACUAGUGGACAGAUCAAAGUGAGGAUUUUUGGCUGUAUUGGUAGUACUUAGAAAUUAGUUCUUGACAAUGUGACCUGUGAUAUAUUUGCUACCGAGAAUACAUUUCUUCUAUAGAAAAUAAAUUAUUCUCAAAUAAUGGUUAGGUGUUGUACAAGAAAUCAAAGUGUAAUUUGAGCUAAAUGCCACUUUUUCUUUAACCAAAAGUUUGAUAUUAUAAGGGACAUUUGCGGCAUUAA